AAGCGCCGAACCGAGGCGGGGCCGCAGUUCCUUUCAGGCUUCGCUUGACGAGCAGACGGAGUCGGAGCCGCCAGCGCCGAGAAGGAAGGAGCAGCCGCCGCAGCAGCCCCGAGAGCACCGACGCCGCGUGUUUCGUUUUCUCCUCCUCCUCUCCUCCCUCUCCUUACAGCACUAUGGCAUCUGGCGUAGCUGUUUCUGACGGCGUUAUCAAGGUCUUCAACGACAUGAAGGUCCGCAAGGCGUCCACCCCAGAAGAGGUGAAGAAGCGCAAGAAAGCUGUGCUUUUCUGCCUGAGCGAAGACAAGAAGAACAUCAUCCUGGAGGAGGGGAAGGAGAUCUUGGUGGGGGAUGUGGGGGACACCAUCGAUGACCCCUACCUCCACUUCGUCAAGAUGCUGCCGGAACGCGACUGCCGCUAUGCCCUCUACGACGCCACCUACGAGACCAAGGAAAGCAAAAAGGAGGACCUCGUCUUCAUCUUCUGGGCGCCUGAGAGUGCCCCUCUGAAGAGCAAGAUGAUCUAUGCCAGUUCUAAGGAUGCCAUGAAGAAAAAACUUACAGGGAUCAAGCACGAAGUGCAAGCAAACUGCUACGAGGAAGUGAAGGACCGCUGCACCCUGGCGGAGAAGUUGGGCGGCAGUGCCGUAAUCAGCUUGGAGGGCAAGCCCUUGUGAGCCCCCCAUCUCUGUCGUGCCAGCGUCUCCGGAGCUUCCAUGUUAAUGGCCCUGUGCUACCAUUUUUGGGGGGGUUGGUGGGCGGGACGUAGGGUGGGUUCUCUGUUUUUUAGUUAGGUUCCGGUUUUCUGCCUUUUCACUUUUUACACCCCCCUCCGCCCCGGUGUUCCCCUCUUAUGUAAGAAAAAAAAGUAGCUGUCCCAACCUUGCAGCUGCUGUUCAAACUUGCCAAACCAGCUACAAGUCCCUCUGCUUCACCCCGGAAGCCCAGCCUUUCGGCCGACAUUCCUUGGGGCCCCACUCCUUGGCUGCCUCCUUCAUCCCUGUGGGACCACCGGCUUCCUUCAUUCCAGCUUUGGGACCACUCUCCAGCAGGAUUCACUCCUGGCCAAGGCUUGAAUAUGGGGUGGUUGGGAGUGAGGGCAAGGGAGGAGGGCAUCUAAAGGCAGAGUGGGGGGGGGUUCUCCAGGGCCCUUCAUUCCAGAGUUAGCCCAUCAUUCCUGGUGUGUAAAUUUUUUUUUAUCGCUCUGUAUGUGUGUCUUUUUUUGGAAAACAAUGUGGAAUGGCAGUGGUGUCCCCGCCCCCCACUCCUUUUCCCUCCCUGUGACCCCCACCCCCCACCCUCUUUACCGCCAUAGUGGCUUCGUGCUUGUCCGUAGUACUGUGUAUAAAAGAUAUUGUGGAGAAAGUUGCGCCCAUCUCAAUGUUGGGGGUGGAAUUAACAAAAUAUGGAAGCAGCACCAAUGACCUUCAAUAAAAAAAAAAAAAUAAUGCUAA